UGUGCAUCUCCCAACGAUGAGAUGGCAUCAUUCCAUCAUGCUUCUAUCCAGAAGGAGUUUGGUACUGCUGACAAAUUACUGAACUCUGAUGUACCAUUCCCACCCGUACUGAGCAGGGUCUUAAACCAUUCCAAAUCAGACACCAAGAUCAAAGAGAGUGAAGCCGGGUCUAUAACCAACGACGAUGUCGUGAUCAGUUACCACAGUGAUGAUCAGAAGUUUGUAGACUUCAUCUGCAAGCUCCUGGAGAGUAAUGCCUCUGAUCUCGUUGUGAAGGCCGUAGCAGGCGACAAGCAGGACAAUCUGACGUCUCUCGAUCAGGCCAGCUGUAUUGUUCCCAUCCUGUCUCCGAGCUACAUCGAGAGCCCAGAGUGCGUCGAGGAGUUUCACGUCGCUAUCUGGCGCCAGAGGGUUUCCGAUCCCGACGCUCCUCUCAUGCUGCCUGUCCAAGUCCACAGCCUGCCUCAGAAGCCCACUUACUUUCAUCUGGUGGACAGUGUGGUCAAUACAACGGAUGAUGUUUGGGCGCAACUGAUUGGUCAGCAUAAAGUGACUCUGCCUGAUGAUGUUGAACAUCUGAGAGUUGGAGAUGGCUCCUCACAGGUGUCACGCUCUGAUUCCCUGGCACUGGUGAUUGCCGUCUACAGGAUUCUACAAAGAUUCGCUAAAGUCAUGAAUGUAUCAGGAGAUACUCCUCCCGGGCCAGCCCUGUUCAAUGUGAUGAAACUCAAAGAGCAGAUCAAGCAACUCACGGAACCAGAUUACACAGAUGCAUCUCAAUUGAUCCUCUUGGAGGUGAAUCCAGCCGAUAUCCCAUCUACCUGGAGGGAAGCAAAACCAGAUCUAGGAGAAGAGGAAUCGGCGCUUGACUGGGAUGGCCAAUCUGCAGGAAAGCUACGGAACCCAAUGUUUAAGAAGUCAUCCUUGUGUGAAAUAAUAUGAAUUUAAUUUGCAUGAAUGAAGGAGAAAAUGAUAGGGAGCAAUAGGCUGACCGAGAAACUUGUCUAAUAAUAAUAUUUAAUAAUCAUAAUAGGCAUUUCUACAGCGCCGUCUAUCUAGGCGCACUGAUUA